GAGAAGAGGGAGAGAGCGCUUCGUCUCACGUCUGUUUCUUCCCUAUCGGAAUUGCAGUGACAACUCCUUGGGAGAGACGGAGGAAUACACCUUCAUCGCUUUGUCUCUCUAUCUUUCUUUGUUUCUUUGCCUGAGGAGUGAGAAACCAAGCGAUCUCUCUCUCUCUUCGCAUGUUGAAAGCGUUUCCUAAAGCGAGAGAGGAGUCGAAGUCGACCCACUGCUUUCUCUCUCCCUUCGGAACCCAGACUGGGUUUUAUGGGUUUCCUUUGCUUCAUUCGUUCAUAGGUUCUCUCGUCCCAAGAAUCUAAAUCAAGUUCGCAAACUAUGGAGUUCGUGGGCAAAGUCUUCAGGAAAGAGCUCGAGGUGCUUGGGUUUUAGUGGGGAACUGUUCGAUCUUGCGAUACCUCGUCUGGGUUCUUCGAAAUUGUUUACGAGAACGGUCUUGCCGAGAUUUCUGAAUUGGAGGAGGUUGUCGCGCUUCUGGUCGGAGGAGGGGAUUCUCCGGAGGAGAUGGUCGGGGUGGAGCCGCGCGUUGGUCAGAGGCCGAAGAAGCGCGCGCGGGUCGCGAUGAUCCGAGACAUCAGGCGCGGCGAUUCUGGCGGUAAGGAAGAACGAUUACGAAACGAGGUAAAACCGUUAAAAAAUGUCGAUUUGAAUUAUGGGUUUGUGGAGAACACUGGGAUUAGUGAGCGUUUUGGUGCGAAUUUGAGUGGGAAUGUCGAUUUAAAUUGUGGGCCUGAUGAAACCCUUGGUGGGAAAUGCGCGUCUGGGACGGAUUUGAAUGAGGAAGUGGGGGAUUUGACGACUGGAUUUGAUUUGAAUUCGAAUAAAGAGUUAGGUUUGAUUCAUGUGAAUAUCGAUCACGAAGAAAAUUUAAGUGAGAAAAGGAGUUAUAUUGACCUGAACUUGGAUGCAAACGGUGAUUUGGAUGAGGUUGGUGGCUCUGCUUUGGAUGAGCAGAAGAGAGAGCAGGGGUUUGAUUUGAAUUUGGAGAUUGAUGUGGAGAAUAACAAGGCUGGUAUGGACGUUCAAAUAAAUGGAAACAGUGCAGAUCAAGAACCCAGUGAGCAGGAUUAUACCGGUUUCCACAAUUAUCUUGAGAAUGGAGAGUUUAAAGAAGCUCAUGUUGCUAAAGUAACACACGAACAGCUUAUCGAGGAGAUUCAGAUGCAAAAUAGUGUUUCAGGUCAAGAAUUUUAUACCCCUGAUUCUAAUGGUGUCAGUCAGAAGGAUGAUCCUUCUGAGCAUCGCGAUAGAGUUGUUGACGAGUCUCAGUCUGAUAGAGGAAAUUCGUACGAAUUAAGGAACGGCCAGAGGAAAAGAAUAAAAGUUUUGGAUAACUCAAAUUUUAUGACUGAAACUGUGUUACGAAGAAGCACUCGUAGAAUGUCAUCACGGACUCGUGUCACUCCCACAUCGACUACUUGUUUACUCGAUGAAGUAUGCCCUUCUCCUGCAGUCAGUGGUCAGACAGAGGUGGAGCAUUUAAUUGUGAAUACUUUGCUCAACCAAAAGCCACAAUUGCCACCAUCUUCCCGUAACUUGAGCUUCAAAGGUCUUCCUUUGCUUGAUAUCUUUUCUGUUUAUUCUUGUCUGAGGUCAUUCAGUACUUUAUUGUUUCUAAGCCCUUUUGAGUUGGAGGAUUUCGUGGAAGCUCUGAGGUGCGUCUCUCCUAGCCUGUUAUUUGAUAGCAUCCAUGUUUCUGUCUUACAAAUAUUGAGAAAGCAUUUGGAACAAGUUGCUGCUGAAGGUGACCUAUCUGCUUCUUAUAUCCUAAGGAGUCUUGAUUGGGAUAUGCUGGAUCUGGUUACUUAUCCUCUUUUUUUGGUAGAGUAUCUACUAUUUCGUGGGUCAGACCACGGUCCUGUAUUCGAUCUUGGUCGGUUAAACUUCUUCAGAAAGGAAUACUUCAAACAAUCUGUGACUCUGAAAAUCGAGAUACUACGUCGCUUGUGUGACGACAUGAUAGAUGUUGAAGCCGUGAGAUCAGAGCUUAAUAGAAGAUCUUUGGCACCCGAGUUUGAAAUGGAACUCGAUAGGAGCAUGAACACUGACACGAGAAGGAGAAGACGAAGUAUUGUGGAACUGGGCAAUGAUUUGUCUUUAAAUGCUGAGGUAAUUGAUGUUUCUUCUGACUGGAACAGUGAUGAGUGUUGCCUGUGUAAAAUGGAUGGGAGCUUACUGUGCUGUGAUGGCUGUCCAGCUGCCUAUCACUCUAAGUGUGUUGGUGUCGCCAGUCACCUUUUGCCCGAGGGUGAUUGGUACUGUCCUGAAUGUUCAUUUGAUAGGCGUAGGCCAGGAUUAAAGCCUGGAAGGCUAGUUCGAGGAGCAGAAUACAUAGAAACUGAUCCCCAUGGACGGCAAUACUAUAGCAGUUGCGGGUACCUAUUGGUGAUAGAAACGGAUGGUUCAGGGUCACUGAAUUACUAUGACAUGAAUGAUGAGAACCGUGUGGUGGAGGUGCUAAAGUUGUGUGGUAGUCUCUAUAAAGAUGUAGUAAAUGCUAUUAACAAACACUGGGACAUUCCUGUUGGCUCAAGAAGAACAAUCAGCAGUGUGAAUCCUCAAAUGUCUGCAAGUGUGGAUGGAUCAGCAGAAGGAACUAUUCCUUCUACUGAUGGGUCUAAGGCUGUGGCAACUUCACCAGCUCCUGAAGUGAAGACUGCAACUGCUGUUGAAGGAAUGGAUGGAAUAUCAAUUCUCGGGCAUUCGGAUAAUCGUCAUCUUAAGAGUUCUCGAAAGCUAUCAGAUUCAACUAGUGGACUAGAUAUCAGGAAAAUGAGUUCUGAAGGGUCUGCCGAGAUGAUGCAAAACGGUUCUGGUAGUUCCCAUGAGGAAGCACCAUCUAGCAAUUUGGACAUCAUGAAAGAACAAGAAAAGGAUAGCCAUUUGCCUUCCAAUAAUUUUUCUAGAAUAAACACAAGGAAGGGAAACAAACUGGAGAUGCAAAGUGAAAAAGGCUACAGAAACUGUUACAUUUUUGCUCGGAUGACUUCACUGAUUGCUGGGGAGUUGUUGCAUAAGUUACCAAUCCAUAGUAACGAAGUGAAAUCUGAUGAAGAUAUUAUUUCUAUCCAGUUGAAAACUAUAUUGAUGAACUCCAACAAAUUUCAUUGGGGAAACAUCCAAAGCAUGUAUCUAGAUGCAUGGAAAGAAACAUGUGGGUGGUGCUUUUCCUGCAAAAAUCCUUCUGAGGGUGUGGGGAACGAGAUGGAUUGUUUAUUUAACAUGAGUCUCGGGCCGGUCCGUGGCCUUCAUGAAAGUGAGAUGGCUAGUAUUAAAUCCAAUAACAAGAACAGUCACCUUUUGGCUGUCAUGUGUCAAAUAAUCUCCAUGGAAAAUCGACUUCGUGGCCUUCUCACUGGUCCAUGGUCGGAUCCACAGUACUCCAGGAUCUGGCGUGACAGCAUUCUCAAUGCAUCAAAUACUUUGGGUUUGAAGCUUUUAUUGCUUAAAUUAGAGGAAAGUCUGCAUUAUCGAGUGCUUUCAUCAGAGUGGCUAAACCAUGUAGAUUUUGGCAUGACAAUGGGUUCGGCAAUCCAUAUUGUUACUGCUUCAACAUGCUCACUGUCAAAGCGUGCGAUUGAUAAAAGAAGGGGAAGGAUGAGGGAUCCUGGGGUUAAACAUACCACAAAAACAGACGUGGGAUUGACCAUGUGUUGGUGGAGAGGUGGCCGGCUUUCACGACAAUUAUUCAAUUGGAAAGUUUUGCCUCAGUCUUUGGUCUUGAAGGCAGCCAAACAAGGUGGAAGUAGAAAGAUUCCAGGAAUAUUUUAUCCUGAGAAUUCAGAUCCCCCUAGAAGAAGCCGACGUGUUGCAUGGCAAGCAGCAGUUGGGUCAUGUACAACCUCGGAGCAGCUCGGUUUGCAGGUGAGGGAACUUGAUUCUUACAUCAAGUGGGUUGAUAUUGAAAACACUCAUCUCCUUCCAGCAUUGGAUAAAGAAUCCAAAAAAUAUGUGAGGCUCUUCAAAAAGGCCAUUGUUCGUAGGAAGUCCUUGGAAGCAGAAAAUGUGAAAUAUCUCCUCGAUUUUGGUAAGAGGAGAAAUAUUCCUGAUGUCGUCUUGAAAAACGGUUGCAUGGCUGAAGAAUCCUCUAGCGGGAGGAAGAAAUUUUGGCUGAACGAAAUGCAUGUGCCUUUACAUCUCCUGAAAGGCUUUGAAGAGAAGAAAAUCGCGAGAAAAACUGGUAAGGCAACCUCUUUCAGACGGUCUGAGGUCGGCAAGGCACGCAAAAGGUCCUCAGAGCAAAAGGGUUUCUUGUACCUCUUUGCAAGGGCAGAAAGAUCUGAAUCUUCCCAGUGUGCACACUGCAACAAAGAUGUGCUUUUGAGUGAGUCUGUUUGCUGCUACAUCUGCAAGGGAUAUUUCCACAAAAAACAUGUCAGGAAGGCAGAUGGCGAGGAAUGCUCGUAUAUCUGCCACCAAUGCCGUGGUGAAAUUCUAGCAAAGGAACAACCAAUGAAACGAAAAAGAGGGCGGCCACCUGGGAGUUUCCGCCGCAAAAGUUUUGGACUUCAGACACAAAAGCAUAAAAAGGUCACACCGACUCGCAAGUCAUCUCGAGUAAAGAAGACUAAAAUCUCAGUGGCAGAGAAGAUUUCUCUUAGGUUGCAGAAUCAUAAGAAGGUUGUCACGAGCUUAAGUCUGCGUCGUUCAACCAGAAGACGAAAGCAUGUUUUCCCUCUGCAAGAUGAAAGCAAACCUCCAGCUUUAAUAAACAAGAAACAGAAACCGAAACCGAAAAGAGGUCGUGGCAGGCCAAAGAAAGUUAAACGAGAAAUUCCAUUGAUAAAGAAGAGAACGAAAAGGCUCUUUAGUUAUUGGUUGAACGGUCUUCUGUUGUCCAGAAAACCUGGUGAUGAACGUGUAGCGAAGUUCCAGGGAGACAGAUAUUUUAUUCCUUCAGAAAACUCAGAUACCGAUAACGACAUUCCUAAAUGCCACAUAUGUGCUUCCUCUGAAUCUGCAUCCUCGUCAGCUCUCAUUGCCUGUGAAAUUUGCGGAGGAUGGUUCCAUGGGGAAGCAUAUGGGCUCAACGAGGAGAAAUCAGACAUGCUGAUUGGAUUCCGCUGCCAUAUCUGUCGGAAACAGUCACCUCCCGAGUGUCCUCAUCCAUAAUCUAUAUUACCUGUACUGUCCUAAUUCCAUGGGAAGCUGUUUCUGGUUCGGUGACUUUGGAUGAACAAAGAGCUUCUGCAUUUGUAAAAACAGAUUCUUUAGGGGGAGACGAUAUGGAAGUGCAAAUUGAGGAACAGCAAGUGAGAGAACUCGGGUCGUGAGGAGCUUCUAUACGAUCUUAGGACAAGGUCUUUGUUAAAAGAAAAGCGACCCGAGACAGGUAUUGUUCCGGCUAACCAAUUGAGACUUGAUUUAGGUGAAAAUAUAUUCAGGUUUUCCCGUGGCAUGGGAUUGGCUUUGGAGUCUGCUAACUCGAAAUGGAAAAACAAAAAAGACGGUUUAGAUGGGAUUUUAGAUGUGGUAGUUUUUAGUUAGACAGGAUGAAGAGUGACUUAAGGUGGGGAGGUUUUAGGGCAAAAGGAGAGUUUGAUUUCUAACAUAUGACUGUUUCUCAAAGUUGUAGAGAGGGGUUUUAGACGUCAUCUU